UUUAACUUAUAACAGCCUAACUGUUGCGGUUUAUUAAAGCAGUAGACCACUCUUUCUACAGGUUUAACGGCGCAAUAAACCCACACGGGAUGUUGGGCGAACACUCGAAAAGCUUGUAAAUCAUGAGCCCUUAGGCGAGUGAUUUACAAGCUUUUCGAGUGUUCUCCCAACAUAACCAUCUUAUCCAUGCGAUGGCUUUUGCAUCUGUCGAACCCUCUCUGUAACAUAUCUUAAACUUUAUCUUGCUACAAAGUGCGAAACUCAAAAAAUUAAACUUGUAAACAAAUUGUGGAGCAUCUUUCCCGACGGCAGGAAACUCACUCAUCACACGAUCAUGAUAGUCGUCAUCACUUGAUCAUUUUCUUUGAAUCCGUGAAUGAAACCAACUGAGCGUGUAACGGCCUGGAAAAAAUCCAUUUCAACAGACUUCUGGGAUCAAUAGUACACGAGAUCAUCUAUACCCAUUGUGAAGCUAGUAUACCAAGAAUACCUUUACGAGUAUACCAAUAUUAAUGAAUAAUACUAACUUAUUCUUUGUCAGAUGCAUGUGGCGACAUCCUUAGUCUACAAACACAACGUGGAUGCGUCAAAAGUCGUGAUCUUGUCACCGUACAGAGAACAGCGAAGCAAGAUCAACGAGUCUUUAAAAAACGUCUAUAGGUGUAAAGAUAUCCCAGUCACAACCAUCGUAAAAAGCCAGGGAAGUGAAUGGGAUUACGUCAUCUUAUCUUUGGUGCGCUCCCUGGGUAAGGACGAAAUCGACGCUGAGCCUUCACUUUACUGGCUCCGGGAGCAUUUGGGUUUCUUAACGGAUGAACAUCAAAUGAAUGUGGGGCUUACUCGAGCUCGAAAAGGACUCUGUAUAAUCGGUAACAAGAACCUACUGAGGGUCCAUCCCAUGUGGCAGGAGUUGAUAGAAUUCUAUGAAAAAAAUCAUUGUCUGGUAGAUGAAUCUGAAUGGCCCAGAAACUGAAUCUGAAAUUGCCACACCAUCAUAUGCACGAUUCAUACAAUUUGCAGAAAAUUAUUGGAGACGAUUAUGUUGGCUUUAUAUUGAAAUACCGAAGCCAAAGUCAAGGCAGCUGGGCAAACGCAAAUAGAAAUGAC